AUGAUCGGUGGAAAACCAUUUGAUGUCGAAUCACUUUUACGUGAUUGUGUUGUCAAGAAAAAAAGACCCAUACAUGAUGCUGUUCAAGUUUAUGAUCAACAACAACAACAACAGGCAACUGAUUUAUCAAUUGGUAAAGAAAAAAUUCAAUCUGAUGAAAAUGGAGAUUGUUCAAAUAGCUCAACAAGUAGUAGUAUUAGUACAAUGAGAAGUAGUAUUGAUGCAUAUCGACAACAUCUAUUCAAUAGUGCAAGUACUGAAGCAGCUAAAUCAUUUUUAUUAAGUAUGCGAAAUUUUACGUCAUCAUCAUCAUCAACACCAACAGCAAUAGGAGGUGGAAAUCAUAGUAAUGUUCAAAUAAAAAAAACUAAACGACGUUCACGUGCUGCUUUUUCUCAUGCACAAGUUAUUGAACUUGAACGACGAUUUGCACAACAAAAAUAUUUAUCAAGUACAGAAAGAGCAGAAUUAGCUAGUCUACUAAGUCUUCAAGAACAACAAGUUAAAAUAUGGUUUCAAAAUCGACGAUAUAAAGCAAAACGAAAACAACUUCUUAGUCAAGUAAAUACACCAACAAACACGCGUCAUGCACCUGUUACUGUACUCGUCUAUGAAAAUCAUGCAUUUUCAGGUAGUUCAUCAUCAUCUUCAUCAUCUCGUUUAGCUCAUCAUAAACCACCCUUGAUGAUUCCUUCAAUCAAUCUUUAA